AUGGCCACGGAGCAGGGUCUUCCUCCUGGCUACCGUUUCGUGCCCACUGACGAGGAGGUGGUCGAGCUUUGCCUGCUCCCUCGCAUCCAGGACCAGCCCCUCCUGCCGAACGACAUCAUCGAGGACGAUCCGCUGAGCGCGCCGCCGUGGGCUCUCCUCGAGAAGCACGGGCGGAAGCACCAGGCCUUCUUCUUCGCGGCGUGUCAGGCCAUGAACGCCAAGGGCAACCGCCAGAAGCGGACCUGCGUGGGACACGGAACCUGGCAAGGGCAGGGCAAGAGGAAGCGCCAGCAGGAGGAAGAAGGGCAGGAGGUCAAGAAGAAGCUGCGCGUGCGCGUGCACGGCAGCGCCGAGAAGAUCGAGAUCGAGUGGGACAAGUAUGGGCUCAACUUCCAGGAGCACGGUGUCAAGGGCAGCACGGGCUGGGUCAUGCACGAGUACUCCAUCACCGCCCCGCCCGAGUUCGCGCGGUCGCCGGUGAGGGUGUACUGCAUCCGCUUCAGUGGCCACGGCAGGAACGCCAAGAAGAACAGCAGGGAUGCGCAGCAUAGGGGCGACGACGACGAGUUCGAGAACGAGGAGGAAGUGGAUGAUGAAGCAGGAGCAAUCGCCACCGCUACCUGUAGUGCUACUGCUGCCGCGGAGGAAGACCCUGCUGCCCUGUUCAUCAAUGAGUACCCGCCGGCAUCGCAGCUCGAGUACGACACUUCUUUUCCUGUGAUGGUGGCGGAUGUUGUCAACCCCAAUCCUGCUGAUGGGGCGGGCGCAGGAGCAGGCUACGAUCAAGACUUGGACUUGCCCGCGUUGGUGGACGACGACAGUUUCAUUUUCAUGAACUCUCUGCCUGAUUUGUUGCCUAGCAUCGACUUCUCGCAAUGA